AUGAAAUUACUAGAGGUACUUGGAGGAAUGAAGUGCGGGAAAAAAGAGGUAGCUCAGAAAUGGAUCAUAAAAAUUAUGCUUUUCAAACAGAAACGAUAUUCAUCUGAACUUGUUUUAGGAGACAGUAAAAUACUGAACCUAGAGCAGCUCUAUUUAAAAUCACUUAUAAGAUUUAUGAUGAAAUAUGAUUUCUACAAAGAAUACUUACAGCAUGGCCAAAAUACAAGAAGUGCUGCUCAUGCAAAAGUAAAAUUGCAAAACCCUAGACACACAGCUUGCCAGAGUCACGUUUACUGUAUAGGUCCAAAAGUUUAUAAUGAUGUGCCAAAUAGUAUUAAGAGAUUGAGAUAUUCUACUGUUAAAAAGGAAUUAACAAGAUGGAUUAUUAUGUUAUCAACUUUAAGCAAUGCUUAUAAGUAUCAACUCACCCAAAACCCUCUGUGCCCUAUUGAACCCGAACAAGGCCGCAAUCCUAUUCAAGAGCGCAAACCAAAAGCCAACAGUACAAUACCCCACCAAAGUGGUGAGCAACCCCUCAAAGUGACUAGCCGAGGCCGCCUCCUUCAUGUUGAGCAGCGACAGUGUCAUCAGCCCCAUAUGGUAUGGACUGUAGGCGAAGAUGAAGAUGAAGAGGGUGUUCAACGAGAUGAUCCAGAAAACGUGUUCCAGGAACAUGAGGGAACCAUCAAGGCCCAGAAGGCGUUCCCAGGUGAUCUCCUCGGCGGCUCGAUCCCAUUCCAUAGGGAUCCAGUUGUUGUCUUCGCCGAUGUUGCCGUCUGCGUCGUCGGAAGUUUCAAAAUUCAAAUAUUUAGAAAAAAUGGUCAAAAAGAGGAUAUGAAUGUGUUUUGUACCCAGAUUAAUAGGAGGCCUGAAAAGGACCACAUCUCUGACACAGCCACAGAAAAACGUUUUGGGUACGAUGUAGACAGUAUUUGGCUUUCCAGCAACGUGUGA